AGCAGCCCCAGCGCCAGGCCUCCCGACGCCCCAGGGCAGCCAUCCCAGGCCGCGAAGCCCCCGUCUCCAGCUCAGGGCAAGAAGAGUCCGCGACUCCUAUGCAUAGAAAAAGUCACAACUGAUAAAGAUCCCAAGGAAGAGAAAGAGGAAGAAGACGAUUCUGCCCUCCCUCAGGAAGUCUCCCUUGCUGCAGCUCGGCCUAGCCGGGGUUGGCGAAGUAGCAGGACGGCUGUCUCCCGCCAUCGUGACACGGAGAAUACCCGAAGCUCCAGGUCCAAGACGGGUUCAUUGCAGCUCAUCUGCAAGUCAGAACCAAGCACAGACCAGCUUGAUUAUGAUGUUGCAGAAGAGACCCACUCUCCAGGUGGCAUUAGUAGUGAUGAGGACGAGGAGGAAGAAGAGGAGAUGUUAAUCAGUGAAGAGGAAAUACCAUUCAAAGAUGACCCAAGAGAUGAGACCUACAAACCCCACUUAGAAAGGGAAACCCCAAAGCCACGGAGAAGAUCGGGGAAGGUGAAAGAAGAGAAAGAGAAGAAGGAAAUUAAAGUGGAAGUAGAAGUAGAGGUGAAAGAGGAAGAGAAUGAAAUCAGAGAGGAUGAGGAGCCUCCUAGGAAGAGAGGAAGAAGGCGAAAAGAUGACAAAAGUCCCCGGUUACCCAAACGGAGAAAAAAGCCUCCAAUCCAGUAUGUCCGUUGUGAGAUGGAGGGAUGUGGAACGGUUCUUGCUCACCCUCGCUAUCUGCAGAACCUGUACAUAGACCAAGAGGCAGUCACUUCAACAGAGCAAGGAGAGAUACUGAAUGGUCUAAAAACAGGAAAGCACCACAUUAAAUAUCAGCAUUUGCUAAAGAAAAAGUACGUAUGUCCCCAUCCCUCCUGUGGACGGCUCUUCAGGCUCCAGAAACAACUUCUGCGGCAUGCAAAACAUCAUACAGAUCAAAGGGAUUAUAUCUGUGAAUACUGUGCUCGAGCCUUCAAGAGUUCACACAAUCUGGCAGUGCACCGCAUGAUCCACACUGGCGAGAAGCCGUUACAAUGUGAGAUCUGUGGAUUUACCUGUCGGCAAAAGGCGUCUCUUAACUGGCACAUGAAGAAACAUGAUGCAGACUCCUACUACCAAUUCUCUUGCAAUAUCUGUGGCAAAAAAUUUGAGAAGAAGGACAGCGUAGUGGCACACAAAGCGAAAAGCCACCCAGAGGUGCUGAUCGCAGAAGCCCUGGCUGCCAAUGCAGGCGCCCUCAUCACCAGCACAGAUAUCUUGGGCACUAACCCAGAGACCCUCACACAAUCGGCCGAUGGUCAGGGUCUUCCUCUUCUUCCUGAGCCCUUGGGAAACUCAACCUCUGGAGAGUGCCUACUGCUAGAAGCUGAGGGCAUGUCAAAGUCAUACUGCAGUGGGACAGAACGGGUGAGCCUCAUGGCUGAUGGGAAGAUCUAUGUGGGAAGUGGCAGCAGUGGGGGUGCUGAUGGGCUGGUCAUGAACUCAGAUAUCCUCGGUGCUACCACAGAGGUUCUCAUUGAAGAUUCAGACUCUACUGGACCUUAGUGGGAGGGAAGACUUUGUAUUUAAAGGCUAAAAAAAGGACAAAAAAAAUUUAAAGCAUUUAAAAUCUAGUAAAAUAACUGAAGGGCCUGCUCGUUCCAUUGUGGAUCACAGCACAUAGACACACCCACCUCCUGUUAUCCCUCUAUUGUCCCCUUUAUAAAAUUGAUGCUGCAUUUAGGUGGACAAAAAAGAAGAAAUUCUUAAAGAGCGGGGUAUCCUCAUCCUCACUUCCAGCCAGGCUUAUUUCCCACAGAUCCUCUUUCCAACCUAUAACGAAUGUGCUUUGGAUCAGCUUCUAACUCUUAUAGUAUGUUACUGUCCUCGAAAGCCAGCCCUUCUUCUCUUUUACUGCUGCCCUAUGGUUCUGGCUUCUACGCAAUGCAGCACAUGUAUCCUCAAAGUAUCUUACAGUUCUAACCUCCAGAGGCUGGCAGCUUAACUUGGCACUUUAGGGCCCCUUAGCAAGGUGAGCUGUUAAAACAGCACAUGUCUCUUACCCUCUUUUUGUCCAUUUCCCUCUGGGUUUCGCAAAGGAAGGACACAUGGGGACCAUCUCCCUCUGCUUUGACCCCAGCACUUCAAUCCCUUCCCAACACCUCCAUAUGGCUCUCAGUGGUGCUCUCUUGCUUGAAAGCGGGCUCCCAAGAGGGAGGGGCUCCCCUCUACACAGGCUGCCUGAGAGACAGAGCUCUGUCAGAUGAGGCAGUGAGAAAAGUCCCAGGUUAAUGGCAGAAAUUUGCACUUUGAACGUGUGUUUUUGUGUUGUGGAACUGAGAUUCCUUAUUUAUUAACGCAAAUCUGAUUUUCUUUUUUUCUUCUUUGAUCUUUCUUGCUAUGUUUUGUGGGGCUGGGAAAGAUUACAUGAUUGUGACAUGGGGUCCUUUCCAUAAGAGGUACUUUUGAAGUCAAGACAAUAGGGUUGAAGAAGCACAGCCAGCCUCUAAAAGCAUAGUUCACCAGUGGCCUUUAAAGCAAGCUGGUCCUCAGAAUUAACAGUGUCACUACAGUAGCCUAGUGCUCGUUUGGAAGGAAGCUUUUUUAGGGACAGAUGUUAGGCUCUUGGUAAUUAGAGCUCUUUGAAAUUUUUAGAGCAUUGGGAUUUAGGAAUUUUGAGGGGAUGUGGAGGAUUUUCAGGGUCUUGAUUAUCGAAAAGAGACUUUCUCUGGUGAAUCUGGCUUUUUGGUGGUGGGGGGUGGUGUCUUUUUAAAAAAUAUAUUAUUAUUAUUUUGUUCACACUGUUUUCUUAUGCAUAACCUAGGUGGCCCAUCUCUGAUCCCAUGCUGUGUUUUGGGUUUGUUCUUGGG